GUAGGACGGUGCGGAAGGUCACGACGCAUUGUGGCGUAUUUCAACUGAUUUCAACUCGCAUCCUCAUCGUCCCCCAUGAGUUUUUGACUUCUUCUUCUUCUUCUCAAUGUUAAUGGUACCCGUCCCCAGUGUAACAACGUGGCGGGGACGAUUUGACCAUAGUAACCAAGGUAUUUCUUAUCUUGCUUUCAAUAGUUAUAUGGGAAACAAAAAGACUUAAAUGGGAAUACAGGAUAUGCUUGCACAAGGAAUAAGGAGGAUUGCAUCAGCAAUCCUGACCGCGCUUUUUCACUCUAUUACAAACACGCUUACUGGUACACGGUCAACCAGCGACUCCCCAUGAGUUUUUGACGCGAGCGAGUGUUUCGAGAGUGUCGUGGAGUGUCGAAAGCGAAGUGGCGGCGUUCGUGGCAACAUUCAUCGUGUCGGAUGCAUGAUGGUGCGAAGUCGGGUCGCGUUCAAUCGUGUUUCGCAUUUUUUCCGUUGCCUCGAUUGUAUCCCGAGUUUUCGACGCACGUGAAUACCAAAGGUGCCGAAAACGAAGGGCUGCGCGUUCGUGCGAAUUAAGAGGGGCUCGUCGUAUGAGAAGGAUCUCGAAUGUUCGAGAGAUACGACCGAAGCGGAGCUAAACGGAACGACCAGUGGCGAACGAUUCAGUCUGACGUUGGGAGAAGAUGGCGGCGAAUGGCGGCGUACGUCUCCUGCUCGUCGGAGUCCUGUGUACUUUUCUUUGGAAACUAUGCAAUGGAGCGGCGACGGACAUCAAACUGGACGCCAAGGCGCAGCUGUUGCACCGGCUCGACAGUCUCAAUCUUCUGCUUUACACGUUCCUACUGAUUUUAACCGUUUUAACGAUAUGGAUGUUCAAGCACCGCCGUUUGAGGUUCCUCCAUGAAACUGGUUUGGCUGUCAUUUACGGUUUGAUUAUAGGAGCAAUAAUACGCUAUGGUUUCACAACCAGCAGCACUAUUCUGCAUAUGCCAGUGGUUCCAGAUAAUUCCAGCAAAUACAAUCAGUCUGUACCACCAGACACACUAUGGUUACGUUUCCCAGAAGAUAAGGGUGGUGGUAUUGUGAAAAACAAAACAUUUGCAUAUUCGUUUCGUGGCGAAAUCUACAAGGAGGAUAAUGAAAUUGAUUUAAAGGCGACUUUUGACCCUGAAAUAUUUUUCAAUAUUAUAUUACCUCCUAUUAUCUUCCAUGCUGGAUAUAGUUUGAAGCGUAGAUAUUUCUUUAGAAAUCUAGGUGCGAUUCUUAUGUAUGCUUUAAUAGGUACCUCUAUAUCAGCUUUCAUUAUUGGAGCUCUGAUGUAUGGUUUUAUACAACUGAUACCACAUCUUUCCACGUCGUUCACGUUUCUGGACACUCUAUAUUUCGGCGCUUUGAUAUCCCCCACGGAUCCCCUAACAAUAAUAUCCAUCUUCAACGACCUACACGUAGAUGUUAAUUUGUAUGCUUUGGUGUUCGGCGAGAGUGUGCUGAAUGAUGCGGUUGCCAUUGUACUUAGCGGUUCGAUACAAAACUACGCGGAGCGAUACCAGUCGGGAUCGGGCGGUUUCGAAACCGUGGCAUUUUUCCAGGCGUUUGGAGACUUUGUAGAAAUAUUUAGUUUGUCCCUUUUUAUCGGUGCUACAAUGGGAUGCAUUACUGCUUUAUUGACGAAGUUCACCAGGGUGCGAGACUUUCCUCUCUUAGAGUCUGCGUUAUUCGUGUUAAUGUCCUACAGUACAUUUUUAAUCGCUGAAGCUGCUGAUCUUACAGGGGUAGUUGCUGUUCUUUUUUGUGGAAUAUGCCAGGCUCAUUAUACAUAUAACAACCUGAGCCCGGACUCGCGCCAACGCACGAAACAGCUGUUCGAGCUAUUGAAUUUUUUGGCUGAGAAUUUCAUAUUUAGUUACAUCGGCGUCUCGAUGUUUACUUUUCCGAAACACCAUUUUGAUCCUGGCUUUAUCUUCGCAGGAUUUUUAUGCGCGUUACUGGGUCGCGCAGCUAACGUUUAUCCGCUGUCUUUUAUAUUGAACCUAGCGAGAAAGCCAAAGAUAUCGUUGAACUAUCAGCAUAUGCUGUUCUUCGCGGGAUUGCGUGGUGCCAUGAGUUUUGCUCUCGCCAUCAGGAACACCGUGUCAGACGCCAGGCAAGCUAUGUUGACCACAACUAGCUUGAUCGUUAUACUGACGGUUAUUUUGCAAGGUGGCGCAACAACGCAGUUUUUAAGCUGGUUUAAUAUUCCAGUCGGAGUAGAUGAGGAAAUAGAAGGACUUUCUCAUAACGGAACGCGCAGUUCUGGCGCCGAGGGUGGCUACAGUGAUCUGGACAUGCGUAGAGGAAGAAGUUCGCCGUAUAAUUCUAUGCAGGAUGGAACGUUACCAGGCAGUAGUAGCAGCGGCGGCGUUGGCGGCACGAAGCCUAAUGAAAAGGCAUUGCUCGCGAGAAUUUGGGGCGACUUCGACACCAAAUAUAUGAAGCCUCUGUUAACGCAUUCCAGGCCUACGUUAUUAGAAACGUUACCGGUUUGUUGUAGUCCUCUAGCGAGAAUCCUCACGACCACGCAACAGAUGACGCAGGAUGAAGUUGCAAGAAAAGUUGAUUCAGAUUCAGACUUCUGCUUGGAAGAUCGCGAAAUGGAACGACGCAGGACCAGCGCUCAGCCGGUGAGUUUUCAUCAGCCUAAUCUCAAUUAUACUGUUAAUCCGUGCUACCAGCCUAACAACAGCACUACAGACGUCAGCACUAAUCCGGACGAGCCCUAUGUAAUUCUUAAUUUACACAGAAGAUAGAACUAACAGCAAUCCUAACACCAUCACCUUUUGUAUAUCUAAAAUCUCUUUAGGCAGAAGAGAGAGAAAGAGGUAGAUUGAAAGAGUUGUAUAUAUAUCGCACGCGUUAAACACGGAAUUAUAAUGAACUUAAUUAAUUAUGUAACAUAUACACCUCACAUUCACAUUUGUUUGUCACAGUCGUAUCUUUCGCAAAAAAUUCACGUUUUUUUUGUUUUAUACGACAAUUUUGACAUGUCUUACAAAUGAGUCUAAUGAUUUACUUUUUUUUUAAAUCUUAUUUUGACUGAGAGUGUAAACAACAAUAGCCCGCGGUUACGUGUGUGUACACCGUCUAUUUCAACGCAUAUUCUCCAUAUUAUAUGUGUAAGCAAUACAGACAAUAGACGAGAUGUAAUCGCGUCACUUUACAUUAUAAUCGCCUCUUCUGUCUUUUGUUCUUUUAUAUAAAACACGAGCUUGAAUGUUUAUUGCACGUAAGACUAAUUUUAUCUGGGUGAUGUAAUUUCUCUUGUUUUUGAUUGUCCUCGAGUGAAAUGGCGACAGCGAUAGAAAUCGAGGAUUCGGAUGCGAUAGCAGCGUAACUUGAAACAAAGAACAAUAUUUUUUGAUGCAGAAAUGAAUUUAAAAGUUUAAUUUUGAAAGAUUGAAAAAAAUUCAAUCUACGAACGAAUAGUGUAACGAUAGUAAUUGCAAUGAUGAAUUGUCACCAAUUAUAUUAUAAAGUCUCAAAUGUUAUGCUGUUGCCGCAGCUAAUUUCGAAAACGACAACUGUAAAUACACCAUCAAUUUUCAACAAACUUGCUUGCUUAAGAACUAAGGAGAAUGAACGUAUACUGUUCAUUAAUGCAAACUGACUUUUUUUGCUCUGCCUCAAUCUUAUAUACCGUGCGUAAAUUGAGACAGAUGAUAAAAUGUUCACGAGCCAAUCGCCGUUGCGUGCGAGUGACUCCUCGUAACUGCGUAUCCUUUUCUGUCAAAGUAAUUUUAUAAUUGUGCAGCAGAUAACUAUUCUAGUCAGUGAUUGCCUACGAUAGACACAUAACGAAAAUUAAGAAAUAGACAAUAGCGUGUGAUAUUUCGCAUUGCAUAACGACUAUCAAAUUUUUUAUUUAUAUAAACUCGAUUUGAAAAUUAUGUUUAAUGGACGUAAAAGAGGACAGCUUCUCUGAUCUAUGUUUGCGCUUGUGUCUUGCCUUUCUUCUAUUUAGGGGGGAAAAAAAAAUCAAAAUCACAGUCAGACAUUUGCAAGGCGCACUUUUGACAGUAUUUUUUUUUUCAUCGGUUUUUCUAGAAAGAGAGAAACGAUGACAGUGAUGAUGAUGAUGGUGCUUCCGAUUCUGAUGACGAAGACCUCAGAAUCAUUGGAAUGGAGGGAUUCAUUCCGUUACGAACAUUGUAGCCGAGAAAAUGAUCGACGAACGAUCCAUGAGUACUUAAAAUUGACACGGCAAAAGACAGAUUCAUCUCUUUGAACAAUUGCGAAUAGGUCACAUCACGUUGUGAUUUUUCGAAAGUAUUAAUAUUUACAAAUAGCGUUAGUAUAGAGAGUGGAGAUGAUCGUGAGUUAUGCCGCUUUGUUGUUUUUUCGAGUUGUGUCGAGUUGUGCAUAGAAAGUGUUAGAAGAGGAGAAAAUUUGUGAUCUGGAGAGUACACGGCACUCAUUGAACCGAACAAAAAAAAAAAAGCUUUUUUAAUCUCAAUUAAACGUUUCUCGAAAUUUAGUUUUAACGAACGAGUGCCACGUGCACAAGCACUCUCAAAUUUUUCCUUUUCUGAACACCGGACGUUUACCAAACUUUUUGUGAGGCUCAAAUGAUCGAGCAUUAAACAUAAUUUUCAGUGAUCAUAUUAAUUCUAAUCACGCGAGAAUUGAUUGCGAGUGUAGCAAUAUGUAAAGACGGAAAAGACAUUGAGGCUCUAUUGUUGCUGUGAUCUGAUUAAUUCUGUCUCCGUGAAACUUGUUCACACCCUAUGAAAAGUUUAUAUUCAUUUGUAAGCUGAUACAAAUGGGGAAAAAAGUAUUUCAUACAUCUCGUCUUUUCGAGAAUAACUAUGCACGAAAAAACAAUAUUUCUAACACAGUAAAUCAUUUUUAUUCAUAGGAACGCAAUAUUAACACUACAAUUACUGAGAAGUCAUUAUUGUUUCUAUUUUUUAGAUUAAUCAUAUUUUUUAUACCAAAAAUGAGAUUCUAAAAAUCGUUUUAUUUUUUAUGAAUUAUUUUUUUUAUCCAGUUGAAAUAUAAUAUUUUAAUUUGGUAUUGGUAUUUCUGGUAAUAUAUUUUAAUUUUUUUUUCCUUUACGUAAAAUUAUACUCAAAAGAAUGAGACAUGCAAAUACUUCUUUUACUCACUAUGAUCCUUGAGAAUGAUCGUUCUGUUGCAUGCAGUUAAUUUUUUAAUGCGGAAGAAUCUCUGGCAUUAAUCAUCUCGCAAUCGCGCUCUACCGGCAUACUUAUCCGUCUAAUUUGCAUGCCGCAGUGUACUACUUCACACGUACUUAUAUCUACUUAUUUUACGUUAUUUUCUUAUUUUAGUUGUAUAUUUUUAUGUUAUUUAUUCACAGACGAGCGUCAGGAGCUCUGCACGUAGAUUGCAGUUUUGAAUAUGAUAUUUUUGGCGUCUUUAAGAUUUAUUUUACGACCCGAUUGUUUAUAUAUUUGAUUGUUGCCGGUGAACUGUCCACGUAUGUAUGUUUAAAUAUUGAACUGUUAAGCGUUUAGCUAAGUGUAAGAUAUAUAUAUAUAUAUAUAUAUAUAUAUAUAUAUAUAUAUCUUUGAAUCGUUACUAAUUUUAAAAACGUUAUCGCGAGGAAUUUUAUUGAACACUUACUUUCUUUAAGUCUCGUUAAGAUAUCUCCGGCGGUGAUAUAACAGGCUCAUACACUUAUGUUCGUAUUAACGUAACUGCUAUUACUUUUGGUUUAAUAAGAAGGUCAAUAUUGCAGACACAGUGAUAGUUUCUAGGCGUGAUACUUCAGGCAACGAAACCACGAUUCUUGUUUGGUAGAUUGUUGUCAUUUUUCUUAUUUUGUUUAAAAAAUACACAGUAUUAUAUGCAGCAGAAACUGUGGAAACAUAGUAAAUUAUAUAUGUAUACAUACAAAUUAGAAAAUCGACGAAAUUGAAAUAUAAUGUGCUUUCUGCUGACAAA